AUGCAAACCAAGAAAUCAUCAUUGGACGCGACAGAACGAAAUGACAGUCAAUACGUCCUGAAUGAUCCCCGUGUCUCCAAGAGACAUGUCAGUAUCUACACAGUCGUCUACGAAAAAGAUGAGCCCAAUGGGGUGGAUACACUUGUCUACGCGGAAGAUCUGUCCCAGAACGGUACAUAUCUGAAUGGGGACUUUAUUGGCAAAGGCAAUGGCGGGUUCCUUCUCAGCGACGGAAAUAUCCUCCGAUUGAGUCGCUGGACAAGCCUCAUCUUCCAUGUCGUCAACAAGAACGAGUCAAUGGAUACGUUUGACGUUAUUCAGGAGAAAGAGAUGGGGCGUUUUCGACGGGAUUAUGUUGUCAGCGAUAGAUUACUCGGUGCAGGAGCCUUCGGCAAAGUGUUCAUGGCCCUCGAACAGACAUCCCGGACCCAAGUUGCUUGUAAAAUCGUCGACCUGCGCAAGCUCACACCAAAACUACAAACCCGGUUUCGCCGUUCCCAGAGGCCUGCCACUGCUGAUGAUGUCGACAACAGGAUACAGGCACGCAAAGUGAAGGCAUGGGGUGAUCAGAAGAAGAGGGAAAUAGGGCUAAACCCGAAGUUGAAGAUGUAUUUCCGUGAGGUUGAAAUUCUCUCCUCGAUCAGCCAUCCCAACAUCAUUGGACUGGAGAAGGUCUAUAUCACCAAUAACACGAUCUACAUGAUGCAAGACAUUGUCACUGCGGGUGAUCUCUUCUCUUACAUCGAGUCGAAGAAUGGAAAGCUCCUCGAAGUCGAAGCCGCAGUGAUUGUUCGACAAAUGCUCAUAGCUGUGCGAUUCCUCCACCAGAACAACAUCGUGCAUCGAGACAUCAAGCCGGACAAUAUUCUCAUGACCAGUCUGGCAGCUGGUUCUCGAGUGGUGCUGACCGAUUUUGGUGCCGCCCGAAGGAUCCAUACGUCACGACAUCGUAUGUCGACAGUUGUCGGGACACACGAAUAUGCUGCCCCGGAGAUGCUCAGACGAAGACACGAUAAACUGACAGUCGAAGAAUCUGACGGCUACACUCGAGCAGUAGAUAUGUGGGCCGUAGGAUGCGUUGCAGUCAUCCUUCUUACUGGCGGAAUGGCCUUCACUGACCCUGCGACGGGUAUGUACUCCGAAAAGCUGGCUCGAGACUGCGACCUCGACUUUUUGCGAACAUCGAAAGAUUGGCAAGCAGUCCGACAACGACCCAGAGAAUUUGUGGAGCGAUUGCUGGUGAUCGAUGAGGAAUCAAGAAUGACCGCCGACGAAGCCCUUCAACACCCCUGGUUUUGCAACGAAGCUCACAAGUACGACUUCGAAGCCCUGUAUCAACGGACAAUACAGCAUUGGCAUCCAAGACGUCCCAAGAGUCCUGUGAUUGAUUUCCGAGACGGUGGAGCCUUCAAAUAUCUUGCAUACAAAUGGGGAUUUGAGAGCUUCUACCAUAAGAGUCGGGCGAAAGGACGUCACUCUCCGGUCGAACCACCAUACAAACCGUUCCCCAGGAAGAUGCAUCUGACGCUGUGGCCGGAGAGAGAUGAGAAGAAGAGACUGUCACUCGAGGUGUUGACAGCUAUCAGCAAGUGGUCACCGCAAUCAGCAAUGAAACUUGCCUGUAAGUCGACGCACCUUUCGGGAGAGGAAGUCCAGGGCUUUAUCACAGAAGAGGCGACCGAUUCUGAGGACUACGGAAGUACAAGAGCUAAAGCGUCGCGGUAUUUCCCAUCAUCAGAUGCUGAAAAAGCCGGGAUAAAGCAGAACGGCGUGCUGGGAAAGCGGAAACGCACAACAGUUGACAGCGAAGAACGGGAUACGAGAAGAGCAAUGAAGGCCAAAAUCAUGAUCGACGAACCUUUGACUCGAGAGACCGGACCAAGCGUUGUUGACGAGCGAGCUGCACCUCUAAUUCCCAACGCUCUAUACGAUACAACGCAUUGGAGGACCAGUCGCAAGUCACCACUGACCGAAACAGAGGACGUGCUUCCGAGUAUUGAAACUCCGGCCCCGACAAACAAGCUCAAAAGAAGGGCGUCAACAUCACUGACUGGUCAGAGAUGGACAAAGCGUCGAGGCUCCAUUUUCGACUUAGCAGAGGACGGUGAUGGCGAUGGUGGGAAACCUCCGAAACCAACUGCUGCAGCAUUCGUGGAGAAUCGACCCAACGAGAGUCUCGCUACGACAUUCAAACGACCAGACCUGUAUCUUCCCCGAUGA